AUGGCCACUUCUAUCAAUGGGAUUAAAGAGCCUACCAUAUCUUCGGAAGCCGCAGAUGACUCUCAGAGCGAUUCCGUUGAAGAAGGCAACGGGGGACAGCUAGAACUAGAGAAAAGCAAGGCAAGUUGGAAAGACCCGGGUCCGCCUCCAGAUGGUGGGCUUCGCGCCUGGACACAGGUGCUAGUAGGACAUUUGGUCAUCAUGAACACCUGGGGCAACAUCAACUCGUUCGGUGUUUAUGAGACCUACUAUGUGGAUUUCCUGAAGCGCUCCCAUGCCGAUGUAGCGUGGAUUGGGAGCGUGCAGGUCUUCCUAGUGUUCUUCAUCGGCACCUUCUCAGGCCGUUUGACUGAUGCAGGGUAUUUCCGUGCCAUCUUCUCAUUCGGGACCACAUUGACUUUGCUCGGUAUUUUCAUGGCCUCGAUUUCCACACAAUACUGGCACUUGUUUCUCGCUCAGGGAAUCUGCGUCGGUGUCGGUGCUGGGUGCCUAUUCUGCCCUGCUCUUGCAAUCGUCUCGACGUAUUUUGCGAAGAGAAAGAUGCUGGCCAUUGGUAUAUGCGCAUGCGGCAGUGCGACGGGCGGAUUGGUCUACCCGGCCAUGUUCCAGCAACUAGUCCCAGCGGUUGGCUAUGGCUGGACCAUGAGGGCUUUGGGUUUUACGACUACAGCAUGCUUGGUCCUCUCGAAUAUUUUGGCCAAACCAAGACUUCCGCCUUAUAGUACUGGGCCCAUUGUUGAUCUUGCUGCGUUCAAAGAGGCUUCCUACAGCUUAUUUGCAGUCGGCAUCUUCUUGACCUUCUGGGGCGUCUAUUUUGCUUUCUACUAUGUGAGCUCAUUCGGGGUCGACAUCAUUGGCAUACCUCAGAACGAGUCAUUCAAUUUGUUUUUGGUGCUCAACGGUGUUGGUAUCAUAGGCCGCACUCUUCCUGCUUACCUAGCGGAUCGAUAUACCGGACCCAUGAAUAUCCUUCUCAUGGUCACAGCUGCUUCAAUCGUUUGCGCCUGGGCAAUGAUUGGCAUUACGUCUCGCGGAGGACUCUAUGCAUGGACCGUAGUUUACGGCGUCGUAGGAAACGGUCUUCAGGCAAUGUUUCCGGCUACUUUGAGUAGCUUGACGACUGAUCUGAAGAAAGCGGGAGUGAGAAUGGGCAUGAUCUUUACGAUUGUGAGCUUCUCCGUCUUGACAGGCCCACCCAUAGCAGGUGUUUUGAUCACGAAGAAUGAUGGUCGCUAUGUUUACGCCCAAGCAUUUGCAGCAGCAUCUAUGGUUGCAGGCUUCCUUCUGCUAUGCGGGGCCAGGGUUGCGGUGACUGGCAAAGUCUUGUUGUACAAGAUUUAG